UGAAUUAGGACCUGACCGAAUCAAACUAAAUGAACCCAACAUAUUUUUGGUCCGAUUCCGGUCUUUUUUCCCCAUUUGUUUUUGAUUCGACAUAAUUCAAUUGUAAUUGUUUAUGCCACGUAACUAAGCGCCUUCUGCUCGCCCGCCCUGCUCCCUGCACCACCAUACCAGCUGCACGCCUCUCUCUGAACACAAAGGCGCCCUCGAGCCCCCUUUUGGGCUCGUUAGCACUCCGACGCUCAAGUUAGAACCACAGCUUUUAGAGAGAGAAGUGAAUAGUAAUUUUAGAGAGAAGAUCCAACCUGAGUGGAUGAGCUCCAUCAACUUCACUAUUUAUACCCAAGAUAGGUUCGAUCACUGUCCACCAAAUCCGUCCAACGUCAUCACACUAUUAAAUGCACUGUACCUCGUUCUUGCCAGGCGCCCCGACACUCUGACACUUUGCCCAGGGACCCAAGGCGCAUGGUCCCACUUCCUGUCCCCUCCGUAUGCUUCUGACCGUUGCCCUCCCUUGUCGCCAUGCGCCCUAUGUCAGGCCCGGCCCCACCGCACAGACUACAACCUAAGGCCCUUUUUGGGUUCGGCUUUCCCUUUGCUGGGCCCACAUUUUAGAUCCAAUCUGACCUUUUGGGCUUCCCUCUUGGACUCUUAUGUGCCCAAUAGUAAUCCAAUUGAAUCAUACAACAUGUUAAAUCCGCGAAAUGAUAUGAAUCGGUUCCACAACCGACGAUGGAUGUAGCCUCAUGAAACCAAAUGGAUCUGGAUCCCAAAGGGAGUUGAUUGACCAGUUUUUACUUUUUAUUAGCAAAUCGCAAAAAUCAUAUUAGUCGGGCUCAACGGUCCAUCCUACUUGAAUGAGCCUGUUUCCUUUGAAGAAUAGUAAACAGCGUAAGAAACUCGGGAGUGAGCCCAAUAACAAGCAUUAAUGAUAAUGGCGGUAAUGGAGGAGGGUAGGUGAGUGAUCCGCCAUUAACGCCACUCAGCUUCGCGAUUGCGACGGGGGCGCAAAGCCCGCCGAGGAGAGGACCAGUUUUUUAAAUUCCCUGUGCACCAAUUGACCAAACACCAUGAGGAGCAGGAGCAACAGCAGCAGCAACGUUACUACUCCUGCACGGCUGCACUGCACAAGAGAGGAGUAAUUUUGAAAUAACCAAUUUUCCUGGAAAGAGUCGCCAGAAAGAAUAACUCUUUUUUCUUUUGUGUGUGUGGAGGUGGGAGCUAAAUAAUAACUUUGAGAGCCCCAGUUGCAUUGCAGUGAAGGCAUGUGGGGAAGAAGAGAUGCCAAAGCCAAAGUAGCUACUCCUACAACAAGGACGUACGCAGUCCCAGGAAAGCAGAGAUUGUCAUCGAGGAAAAAGGCAAGUGGGUGGGGAGGGAAAAGGUCAAAAUGGGGUAGCUUUAUGUUGUUCUAAUUUGUAUGGCAAUGGGGGAAGUCAAAAGUCGAUUUUGAAAUCUAAGCCAAACAGCCAAAAUUAAGUCAGUGUGAAGCCAUGGCUGACAGAUACACAAAACAAAAAAGAUAGAAAAUUAGAUAGAAAAACAGAGGGAAGGGAAGGGAAAGAGAUUCGGUUGGGAGACAGGAAGGAAAAGCGAGUGGAGUCAGCUCAGUUGGCAAAAUGAGCAGCGAAUGCUUGGAAUGUACGAUGAAGCCACUACUGCUACUGCAGUGGCAGUGGGAGUUCCAAAAUGAAUCUCUCUGGAACCCCAGGCUUAGCUUAAGCUUAGGAUUUGAUUAUUCAGAAAUAAAUAAGGAGCAGAGCAGAGCCGACGGAAAUCGUUUUGUCGUUUUAUUGUCUUAGAUUUGAACGUAACAUUAAUUUAAUCAAAUAACGUUCAAGAGUUGUGCUUGUUCGCCGCUGGGGUUGAGUGAAACUGAAAUCCCAGUUGGCUACUUUGGGGAAUUUGACCAGCUCUGUAGCUACAGAUUAAAAAUUGGUAUUGAUGAUGGGGAAAACGGGAAACAGAGAGAGACGCCGGAAGAGUAGUUUACAAGGAGAGUUAGGGGCAGGUGCAUCAGUAGACAGUAGCGUUGCGUAACGCUAACUCAUCUAAUUAUCAUCGUCAUCAUUAGCCAGGCUCUUACUUUUUCUUCAUUGUCUGCUGGGUCCUAAAACCAGAUCUAUCAUGUGUUCCUGUGCAUAUAUCUUCUUCAAAACGCACUCUCUCUCUCUCUGUCUUCCUUUUCCUUUCAAACACUUCCUUCCUUCUUGUUAUGCUCAUUCUAUCUACUUUACUCUUUCUUUUCAUCUCUCUCUCCUUUCCUUGUUCACCCGCAUCCAUCGCCACUCCCCCACUACACUACCAGACAUGCGCCAUUAUGAUCUCCUCCGCCUCGUUGCUCAACAUCAUUAAUUGCUUCCUUCCUCCUUUCCAGCCUUCCCCUCCUUUCCCUUUGUUUUUUAAUCUCCCUCUCAAUUCUCCCUCCCUCCUAUUCAUUCAUGCCGAUGAGAAAAAUAAUUCCCACCAAAUUCUCAGUCAUCCCCUCUCCUUCUCUCUUCCAUAACUCCUCUCUUCAAUCUCUCCCUCCCUCCCUCCCGCUACUUCACCGGCGAACCUCGCUCUCUCUUACCGCUCACUUCCCCCUCUCUUUUUAACGGCUGCUACUUUUCUCAACCUAGGGUGUAAAAACGAUGGAUAGAUCUUGUUGAGUUGUUUCUCCUCUCUUUUGUCUGUUAGAGCUCAGCCAAAUCUCCGUCCUUUCUUCUUCUUCUCUACUUUGUCCUCUUCUCUUCCUCUUGUCCCUUUGCCCUUCCGUUUCCCCUGCAGUUACGAUUACCCUUUGGUGGAAGGAAGUACACCAAACGGCACCUGGAAACAAACACCACUCGACUCUGCCAAACUACACCACCAACGUUCAACACAGACAGAAAAACAGAGUAAAGUCGCUUUUUCCCCUUCCACUCAAUACCUACCAUUUAUUAGUGCUGUUACUCCUCUCUCCGUUACUCCAAAACAUCCCCCUCACCUCCCCCAUUCCCCUUCCAUGAAGAAGCCCUUCCCUUGACAAGGAACAACAAAGGGAAGGUAACAACACAAGAUGCUGCUCUGCCUCUGCAUUUCACUGCUACUGCUACUACUCUCUGUUCCGGUCGUGCACUCCGCCUACCCGACAUUCAACGACGACGUUCUGGGGUUGAUCGUCUUCAAAGCCGGCCUGAUCGACCCACAAUCCAAGCUGGUCUCCUGGAACGAAGACGACGACACGCCCUGCAACUGGCUCGGCGUCAACUGCGACCCUCUGUCCCAUCGGGUCACUGGUUUGGCCCUCGACGGCUUCUCCCUCUCCGGCCACGUGGGCCGCGGCCUGCUACGCCUCCAGUUCCUUCAAAGUCUCUCCCUUUCCAACAACAACCUCACCGGCCCGAUCAACCCGGACCUGCCCCGGCUCGGCGGGUUGCGGUUCGUGGACUUCAGCCACAAUAGUCUCUCCGGAUCAGUCCCCGACGGCUUCUUCCAACAAUGCGGGUCUCUGUCUUACGUUUCCUUCGCUGGGAACCAGCUCACCGGUGAGCUCCCUGUUUCGCUGUCUUCCUGCUUGACAUUGACUCAACUCAACUUGUCAUCGAAUCAGCUCUCUGGCGAACUACCAUCUGGUUUGUGGAAUUUGAGAAGCCUCCAGUCGCUCGAUCUGUCUUACAAUUACUUCGAGGGAGAGAUUCCUCUAGGGGUUUCCAAUUUGUAUGAUCUGAGAUCGAUUAGUUUGAGCAACAACAGAUUCGCCGGUGAGCUUCCCGGUGAUAUUGGGAGCUGCUCGCUCUUGAGGCUCGUCGAUUUCAGCGGCAAUUCUUUCUCCGGCAGGGUGCCCGAGACAUUGCAGAAGCUGAAUUCGUGUACUUACCUUCGAUUAGGAAGGAAUUCGCUCACUGGGUUUGUUCCAGGUUGGAUUGGCGAAUUGAGAAGUCUGGAAAGUUUGGAUCUUUCCGCGAACAGAUUGUCGGGUCGGGUCCCGAACUCAAUUGGAAGCCUCGACCAAUUAAAGGAGCUGAAUCUUUCAACGAACCAGCUCACCGGAGGGCUGCCGGAGUCGAUUUCAAACUGCCCCAAUCUUGUCAGCCUCGAUGUCAGCAGCAAUCGGCUCACAGGUAAUGUUCCUCAGUGGUUAUUUAAGACCGGAUCGGCCCUUCAACAGCUCCAAGUAUUGGAUCUUUCUUCCAAUGUCUUCUCCGGCGAGAUUCCAUCCAACUUAGGCUCCCGUAGCAGCAUUUUGGUAUUGAAUAUGUCCAGAAACCAGCUAUUCGGUCCAAUCCCACCAUCCGUAGGAGGUUUGACAAUGGCACACGAAGUAGAUUUGAGUAGCAAUCUACUCAGUGGAAGCAUUCCUUCUGAAAUCGGCGGAGCUACUUCGUUACUUGAACUAAGGCUAAACCACAACUCCCUCACCGGCAACAUCCCAGCUGAUAUCCAGAAAUGCUCCCCUCUCACAGCUCUGAUUUUAUCAGAGAACAAUUUAACUGGUCAAGUCCCAGCAGCCAUGGCGAACCUAAGCAGUCUCCAAUUCGUGGACUUAUCAUCCAACAACUUCACCGGAAGCUUACCAAAAGACCUCACAAACCUCUCCCACUUGCUCUCCUUCAACGUAUCGCACAACAGUCUAGAGGGAGAGCUGCCAGUCGGUGGCUUCUUCAACAUCAUUUCCCCUUCUUCCAUCUCCGACAACCCAUCACUCUGUGGCGCCGCCGUCAACCGUUCUUGCCCUUCCGUCCACCCUAAACCCAUCGUCCUAAACCCUAACUCACCCAACUCCUCCCAAUCCCCCUCCGCCGCCGCCUCCAACCUCAGUCACCGGAAAAUCGUUCUAAGCAUCUCCGCCCUCAUCGCAAUCGGCGCCGCCGCUUUCAUCACCCUCGGUGUCAUCGCCGUCACUCUCCUCAACAUCCACGUCAGAUCCUCCAUGUCACGGAACCCUCCAGCUGUCACAUUCUCCGCAGCUGACGACUACAGCUGCUCCCCAUCCACCGACCCGAACUACGGGAAGCUAGUAAUGUUCUCCGGCGACGCCGAUUUCGUCGCCGGCGCUCAAGCAUUGCUCAACAAGGACUGCGAAAUCGGCCGGGGAGGGUUCGGUAUCGUUUAUAAAACAUCGCUUCGCGAUGGCCGCUCCGUGGCCAUCAAGAAGCUGACCGUUUCGAGCUUGACCAAAUCGCAGGACGAUUUCGAACGAGAAGUGAGGAAUCUCGGCAAAGCUCGACACUUUAAUCUCGUGGCAUUGGAGGGUUACUACUGGACUCCAUCUCUCCACCUUCUAAUCUACGAACACAUAUCGAGUGGAAACCUGUACAAGCAUCUCCACGACGAUUCGAAUUGCCUGACGUGGAGGCAGAGAUUUGGCAUCGUGCUGGGAAUGGCGAGAGGGCUGGCUCAUUUGCAUCAAAUGAAGAUAAUUCACUACAAUCUGAAGUCGAGCAACGUGUUGAUCGACGAAUGUGGGGAGGCGAAAGUGGGGGAUUAUGGGCUGGCGAGAUUGCUGCCGGCGUUGGACAGGUGUGUGUUGAGUGGCAAGAUACAGAGUGCGUUGGGUUACAUGGCGCCGGAGUUUGCUUGCAAGACGGUGAAGAUAACGGAGAAGUGUGACGUGUAUGGGUUUGGUGUGCUGGUGUUGGAAGUGGUGACGGGGAAGCGGCCCGUGGAGUACAUGGAGGAUGACGUGGUGGUUCUGAGCGAUAUGGUGAGGGGAGCGCUGGAAGAUGGGAGGGUGGAGGAAUGUGUGGAUGAGAAGUUGAAAGGGAAUUUUCCGGCGGAGGAGGCGAUACCGUUGGUGAAGCUCGGGUUGAUUUGUGCUUCUCAGGUGCCGUCGAAUCGGCCGGAUAUGGAAGAGGUGAUCAACAUUUUGGAGCUGAUUCAGUGCCCUGCGGAUGGAGGGCAGGAGGUGGGGUGAAUGAAUGGAUAGGUGGUUUGGUAGAUGAUGAUGAGCUAUUAGUUCUGUCUGGGGAAGAUGAAUCCGGCAUUUCUUAAUUUGUUCCUUGGUUUUGCAUAGUUUUGAAGUAGAAGAAGAGAGAAUACAGCAACAAGAGCAUCAAAGUCGACAUCUUUUUUGUUUCUAAAUUUUGUGGGUAUGUAUGCUAUGGAUGUGUCUCAUAAAAUAUGUUGUUAUGAUUAUCAUGGUGGCAGAAGGGGUUUUGGAAUUGCCGGAUUCCUUUUCACCGGUUGGGAAACAGAGCAGGCUCUGAGCUGAUACAGUUGUUAUGGCAAAUUGGCAAUGCUACAUUUUCUGAUUCUCCUCAUCUUCAAUUGGCAAUUGUAGUUCUCAUAAAAAGAACAUAACAGCAUCAUCAAUCUAACAACAACAUUGUCACAAACCAAUCAAACUCUCAACAACAAGCAGAUGAUCUGAUAUUUCACAAUUUGACAAGUUUGGGGGCCCAAAAACAGACGAGUAUGCUGAGUGAAUGUGAGUGAAAGGGAAAGAGCAGAGUUGUGCUGAAUGUGAGUGAUUGGGAAUGAGAAGAAACGACAAAAGCGGUUUUUAUUUGCUUCAGUCACAGUGCAGUCCAGUCUUGCAUCUUUUUCUAUUUUAUGGUUUGGUUUCUGUUGUCGAGUCAGUCAGCUGUUGUUGGGAAUGCAUUGCCAUUGCCGUUGCUCUGUUCUGUUUGCGCCCUGGGAAGCCAACAACUCCCCUCUUUUACCAAUUGUUUACCAACCAUGCUUACUUCUUUUGCCACUCUGUUUUGUUUUUGUGUACUCCUUUUUCCUCUUUGGUUGGCUGAUUGCAAUUUUGCUUUUUAUGGUGUUCAUAUAGCUGACGAGCAACUGAGGACAAUUAUUUCUACUACCAAAUGCGGUUUUGUCAAAGUUAAGUUUGAUACUGUAACUUCAACCUGUCCUGGACUCAGGCUUGUCGUUGCAAUAUAGUAUUCCACCAACUAAAAGCUAGCCAUUUUGCUUGCUGUAUCUGCAAGCAAGUAUAUCAUAUGAUUGACAAUGAAUUGGCUCAUAUUAAUAGAUAUAAAAUUGAAGUGCAGUUAAUGUUGCCUAAAUUAUUAUAUUUUGAUAAUCCAAAUGUAAUUAAAUUAUAACUUAGUCACUAUAAUAUACAUUUUACAUUUUGAUAUUCCAAAUGAAUUAAAUUAUAACUUAGUCACUAUAAUGUACAUUUUACAUUUUGAUACCCCAAAUUUAAUUUUAAUUUAAAAUUAUUGAAUAAUUAUGUUUUUAUAUCUAAAUUUCAUGAGAUUUUCGUACCUACAAUUUCUUACUUUUACAGGUUGGUCCAAUAUUUAGAUUUUACUUGAAUCCAUGAAUCCAGUCCCACCCAUCCAUGAAUCCAAUCCACCAUAACAUAAAGUAUGAAUUAAGUUUGUACCAUACAAGAUGUUGUAUCACUCAACUGUAGGAGAAGAUUCGACCAUUUUAUAUUUGCUCAUUACGCAAAACAUUAAAAAAAUGAUUAAAGAGAGACGAUUCUAAAAUAUUGCAAGAGCGAAUUUAUAAACUCAUUUUGUGCAUUUACGAGGUACUAAACAAACUUCUACUAACUACGUGUAACAAAAUAUGCGACAUCUACACAAGCAAGUACCAAUAAAUUGCUAUGGUGAAA